AUGUGUGUGAAUAUCGAAGUAAUUUUGCCGACUAUCGAAAAAUUCUUGUUUGUAUAUUCAUUGCAAUGCGGUUCCAUUUUGAUUUUCCUUUGGACAUUGUUACGUUCAAUGUUCUGCAUAAUUUUCACUACAACCGCCAUUUUGGAAAUUCUGGUUGGUGAAAAGUUUCCAUUGCGCGCUUGGCUGGUAUCACGGAAACCGGAAACGGAUAACGUCUACUUGCUGUACUAUACACACGUUUCCCUUUUGCUAUGUGAGAGUGUUCUGCUGGUUUUUAUCAUAUAUUUGGCGGUUGGUUUAUCGCGUCGCAAAGCUCAUUUAAUAAAACACUACCUGAUCUGCCGUGUCUUCACGUGGCUCGCAGAAGUGUCUUGCUUACUUACUCUAUGCUUAAUUCAUGAACUUCUCAUUGGCUGGUAUUUGGCGAUACUGUUCUUCGUCGUUUUAGAGAUUUAUUCAUUCGUCGUGGUGUAUAGCAUCUACGUAAAACUUCGAGAAGAUCAAAAGAUACCCAUCUAG